AUGCCCGGCUUCGCGCAAGCCUCAGACCUGAACGCCUGGUCGUCCCUCCAGGACCACCACCAGAAGCUCGGAAAGGAUAUUGUCCUGAAGGAGUACUUCCAGAAGGACCCCAAGCGUUUUGAGAAGUUCAGCCACAUCUUCAAGAACGAUGCCGAGGACUCCGAGAUCCUCUUCGACUUCUCGAAGAACUUCAUCACUGAGGAGACCGUAAAUCUCCUUGUCGAGCUCGCCAAAGAGGCCGGCCUCGAGCAGCUCCGCGAUGACAUGUUCGCUGGUAAGAAGAUCAACUUCACCGAGGACCGCGCAGUCUAUCACGUAGCUCUCCGCAACACCUCCAAUCAGAAGAUGGAGGUUGAUGGCAAGAGCGUCGUCGAGGGCGUCAAUGAGGUCCUCGAGCACAUCAAGGAGUUUACAGAGCAGGUUCGCAGCGGCGAGUGGAAGGGUUACACAGGCAAGAAGAUUGACACCAUUAUCAACAUUGGUAUUGGUGGUUCCGAUCUCGGCCCCGUUAUGGUCACCGAGGCCCUCAAGCCUUACGCUGACCGCAGCCUUAAGACCCACUUCGUCUCCAACAUUGACGGAACUCAUAUCGCUGAGGCACUGAGGGACUCCAACCGCGAGACUACUCUCUUCCUCAUCGCCUCCAAGACCUUCACCACAGCCGAGACCACCACAAACGCCAACACUGCUAAGUCUUGGUUCUUGGAGGAGGCGAAGGAGGCCGAUAUUGCGAAGCACUUCGUCGCUCUCUCCACCAACGAGGAGGAGGUCACCAAAUUCGGCAUUGACAAGAAAAACAUGUUCGGUUUCUCCGACUGGGUCGGUGGACGCUACAGUGUCUGGUCUGCCAUUGGUACAAGCGUUGCUCUGUACAUUGGCUAUGACAACUUCCACAAGUUCCUCGAGGGCGCCCACGCUAUGGACAAGCACUUCAGGGAGACUCCUCUCGAGAAGAACAUCCCCGUGCUCGGUGGUCUGCUGAGUGUCUGGUACUCUGACUUCUUCGGUGCCCAGACCCACCUUGUAUCUCCCUUCGACCAGUACCUUCACAGGUUCCCUGCCUACCUCCAGCAGUUGUCCAUGGAGUCCAACGGCAAGGCCAUCACUCGCAGCGGUGACUACGUCAAGUACACCACCGGCCCCAUCCUGUUCGGUGAGCCCGCGACCAACGCUCAGCACUCCUUCUACCAGCUGCUCCACCAGGGCACUAAGCUCAUCCCCACCGAUUUCAUCUUGGCUGCCAAGAGCCACAACCCCGUCCAGAACAACAAGCACCAGAAGAUGCUGGCCUCCAACUUCUUCGCCCAGGCUGAGGCUCUCAUGGUUGGUAAGACACCCGACCAGGUCAAGGCUGAGGGUGCUCCCGACAACCUUGUCUCCCACAAGACCUUCUUGGGUAAUCGACCCACCACAUCCAUCUUGGCCGACAAGAUCACCCCCGCCACUCUUGGUGCUCUGAUUGUCUACUACGAGCACCUCACCUUCACUGAGGGUGCCAUCUGGAACAUCAACAGCUUCGACCAAUGGGGUGUCGAGCUCGGCAAGAGCCUGGCCAAGAAGAUCCAGGCUGAGCUCGAUGACGACAAGGAGUCCAACUCGCACGAUGCCAGCACAAGCGGUCUCAUCAACGUCUUCAAGAAGAAGUCUCAGUUGUAA